AUGGCUCCCGUUUCGGCACUCGCCAAGUACAAGCUCGUCUUCUUGGGGGACCAGUCCGUCGGCAAAACCAGCAUCAUCACUCGCUUCAUGUACGACAAGUUCGACAACACGUAUCAGGCUACCAUCGGCAUUGAUUUUCUGUCAAAGACAAUGUACCUUGAAGAUCGAACUGUUCGAUUGCAGCUCUGGGAUACUGCUGGGCAGGAAAGGUUCAGGAGUCUCAUUCCAAGCUAUAUCAGGGAUUCCUCUGUGGCAGUCAUUGUAUAUGAUGUUGCAAGCAGGCAGUCAUUCCUAAACACUUCCAAGUGGAUUGAAGAGGUUCGCACUGAGCGGGGAAGUGAUGUUAUCAUUGUACUUGUUGGAAACAAAACAGAUCUUGUAGACAAAAGGCAAGUUUCCAUAGAGGAAGGAGAAGCCAAAGCUCGUGAGCUCAAUGUUAUGUUCAUCGAAACUAGUGCCAAGGCUGGCUUCAAUAUCAAGGCACUGUUCCGAAAGAUAGCAGCUGCCUUGCCUGGCAUGGAAACACUUUCUUCGACGAAGCAAGAGGAUAUGGUUGAUGUGAACCUCAAGUCAUCCAAUGCAAAUUCAUCACAGUCACAGGCACAGUCGGGCGGAUGUGCUUGUUAA